AUGUCCGAUAAUACGAAUAUAAUUGCUUCGAGCAUAGCUGCAACAACUGCAAGAUUAAUAACACAUCCUCUUGACACAAUUCGCGUCCUUCUCCAAACCGAUACAACAUAUACGCUUUCCCGUAAAUCAAGUAGUCCAUUUAUUCAAUUAAUCCGAAAGACACCAUUUAAAAGUUACUAUAAUGGACUUGCAAUAGCAACGACUUUAGGAAUACCUGCUUUAUCAUCAUACCUUUUCGUCUAUGAUAAAGCAAAAUAUUAUUUAUCAAGCAGAUUAAAUGUUAGUGAUACCAGUACUUUGAAUUACAUGUUGAGUGGGGCCAUGGCAGAAACAUGUAGUGGCAUAUUUUGGACACCGAUGGAAGUGUUAAAAAGCAAAUUACAAUCUCGUAAUGGGAUUAAUACAUUACAAAUGUCAAAGUUGAUUUUAAAAAAUGAAGGAAUUAGAGGGUUCUUUCGUGGAUAUUUAUUAACUCUAGCGGUUUACGUACCACACACAAUGAUUUACUUUGUUGUAUAUGAAAAGUGUAAAACCUGGUCCAAAGGUAGGGAAAUAUUAACUAGCAACCGUGAUUAUGUAAUAUUUUCGGCAAUUGCAUGCACGAUUGCAGGUUCUGUUUCGAACGUGUUGGAUAUUGUAAAAACCAGGUGGCAAGUUUCUUAUGGCAAGGAGGUUGACGGUGUCAAUGCGAAAUCUCCUUUAGAGAUUAUGAAAAAUAUGUAUAGGAACGAAGGAGGAUUACGUGCUUUUACUAAAGGCAUGGGGGCUAGAGUGAUAUGGAUAGUGCCAAGUGCCUCCAUUAGCAUGACAUUAUAUGAGAUUCUAAAGAAUAAAAAGGGUUACAUUGAAAAUUAUUAA